UGAUUGUGUGUGAGAGUGAGGGUGAGACAGAUCUGAAGCUGAACUCAUACCUCCCUCUCUUCACUGGAUAAUAUUAGUGUUUUUAUGGUACUGGGUCUCAGGCGAUGGGUGUGAUGGAGGGUCUUUUUCUGGUACAGUCGAGCAGCACGGUGGUUUUACUCGGAGUGCUGCUGCUUCUCCUCCUUUACCUCCUUUCUUCUGGAUCCGAGUCUCCAAAAGAGGGACAGGAGCCUCCAGGGCCGAGACCGCUGCCCAUCCUGGGAAAUCUGCUGCAGCUCAACCUCAAGACUCUUCAUCUGAGCCUGUGUGACCUGUCAAAGAAAUAUGGCCCAGUCUUCAAGAUACAUUUUGGACCCAAAAAAAUCGUAGUUCUGGCCGGAUACAAGAUGGUAAAGCAGGCGCUGGUGAACUGCGCUGAAGAGUUCGGAGAGAGGGACAUCUUACCUGUAUUCCACGAUAUGUCAAAUAAGCUGGGAAUCCUGUGGGCGAAUGGAGAGAACUGGAAGGUGAUGAGGCGUUUCACCCUCACUGCUCUGAGAGAUCUGGGGAUGGGUAAAAGAGGGGUGGAGGAGAAAAUUAUAGAAGAGAUUCAGCACCUGAAAGCAGUGUUUAAAAGUUUUGAUGGUAAACCAUUCGAAACAACUCAGCCAGUCAACGUCGCUAUCUCCAACGUCAUCUGUGCCAUCAUCUACGGCAGCAGAUUCGACUAUGAGGAUCCUUUAUUUAAGGCAAUGGUCCAGCGGUCCAACGAGAACAUGAAGAAUGCUGGCUCUGUUCCAAUACAGCUCUACAACGUGUUUCCCAAACUGUUUAAAAACAGUAAGAUGUGGGUGAAGGUUAUGAAGGACUACAGGAUUAAUAGAUGUGAAAUGAAGCAGCUGGUGAUGGGUCUGAAGGACAGUCUGAACGUGGAGGACUGCCGGGGCUUCAUCGACUACUUCUACAUCUGUAAGGCAUCAGGGGAGAACAGUGUUCACUUGCAUGAGGAAAAUCUUCUGGCUACUGUCUCCAACCUGUUCAUCGCUGGAACCGAUACCACAAGUACAACCAUCCGCUGGGGGCUACAGUACAUGGCAAAAUACCCUCAGAUCCAGGAGCGGGUCCAGCAGGAGAUCGAUCGAGUGAUUGGAGAUCGUCAACCCAAAGUCCAGGACAGGAAGAACUUACCGUACACAGACGCAGUGAUUCACGAAACCCAGAGACUCGCCAACAUCGUACCCAUGAGUCUCCCUCACGUCACCAGCUGCGACGUCACCUUCAACGGAUAUUUCAUCAAAAAAGGAACCUCAGUGAUGCCCCUGCUGUCCUCAGUCUUGUGGGACGAGAGCGAAUGGGAGACGCCCAAAAGCUUCAACCCGGCUCACUUCCUCGACGCAGACGGUCGAUUUGUUACUAGAGACGCCUUUAUGCCCUUUUCUGCAGGGCGCAGGGUGUGUCUGGGGGAGAGUCUGGCAAGGAUGGAGCUCUUCCUCUUCUUCACCUCCCUCCUCCAACACUUCCGCUUCACUCCUCCACCAGGCCUGACGGAGGAUCAGCUGGACCUCACUCCAGUGGUCGGCUUCACGCUGAACCCGGCCAAUCAGGGGCUCUGUGCCGUGCCCAGGAUCUGACUGCUGAAUCUGAGGCUGAGACUGCAGGCGAAUCUGGAUUGUUUGUGUUGAGAUGCUGUUCACACUGUUAUUUGUGAUCGAGUGAUUGGAUUUACCUGUCUGGACAUCACAACCUAUCUGCAGAUGUUGCUGUAGGUUUUAGACCCCUGCAUUUUCCUCACUCUGGGUUUGAGCAGGUCGUUGUUUGUUGUGUUGUGAAACAAAAGACACGUUAAAACCUGAUUAGAGAGUUCAGAGCGUCCAGACUGAGACACAUUUCUACAAAUCUGAUUAUGAUCACAUUUUAAACCACCUGCAAAUAUUCCAAAUUCGUUAUAGUUUAAUGUGGUUUAAUGUGGAGCAACAAUUAUUGUUUAAAAUAGCUGUUUUUUUUUGGUUUGCUUUCCCCUGGGUUUGGUUUGUUUUCAAAGAGUUUGGUUUAUCCUGCAUUUGUGAGGUUUGGUUGGGUUUGAGAUUUAGUUUGGGACUGAGUUUAGUUUGGGUUUGAAUUUUGGGUCUUGGUUUAAACUGAUUUUGGGUUUGCGGUUUGAGUUUUGGAUUUGUGUUUGUGGUCUGGGUCUGAGCUUUAGGUCUGGGUUUGAGUUGAGUUUGGUUCUGAGUUUUAGGUCCGGGUUUGAGUUGAGUUUGGGGUUGAGUUUUGGGUCUGGGUUAAAAUUUGGAAUUUGUGUUUUGGGUCUGGUUUUGAGUUUUGAGUCUGGGUUUGAGUUUUGGGUUUGUGCGUUGGUCUGGGUUUACAUUUUGUUUGGGUUUGAGUUUUGUUUGGGUUUGUGUUUUUCUGCUUUGGUCUGGGUUUGACUUUAGUUCAGGUUUGCGUUUUGGGUUUGAGUUUGCGUCUGGGUUUGGGUUUGAGUUUAGUUUGGAUUAGAGGUUUGGGUUUGAAUUUUGGGUCUGGGUUUGAGUUUUGGUUGGGGGUUUGUUUAGGUUUGGGAUUUCAAAUGUAUCAAAAAUGUAUCGCAACAAUUUGAAUUGCAAAAUUUUAUACAUUUUUUAAAAACAGUACCCGUUUUUGAUGAUCAGUUUAUGUGUAAAGAUUGGUGUCAGAAGUGGUUUAUUUAGUGUCCACUAGAUAUAAGUGUUGUUGUUCUUUGGUGCUCUCUUUUACUUAGAUUUUUAUAAAUAUAUAUUUUGAGGGGUUUUCUAAAAUUUGAUUUUAACAAUCAAAAUGUAUCGCCUUGCUUAUGUUUUUUUUUUUUUUUUUAUUAAAUUGUAACUCCUGUAUUGUGAUAUGUACUGUAUCGCCAAGGAGGCAACAUAAAGUAGAUAACUUAAAGAAACAUUGAUUAGAAAGGGGUGUUUCCAAACAUUUUGAAAUAUGGGGGCAGUUUCCCAGACAGGAAUUAAGCCUAGUCUUGGACUACACAGCAUUUUGACUGGAGAUUUUUUUCAUUAAAAAUAAAAUAUAGUCUAAGAAUAGGCUUAAGUUUUCAUGUUGCCAGGAAAAAAAGGGAGAAAAACAGAAAAAAAUAAUAAUUAAAUAAGUAAUUAAAUAAUCAAGGUAGUAGGUAAAUACAUAAAUAAAUUAAACUCAAAUUAUUACACAUUUUAAAAGGUUAAAAAACAGUUAUCACAGAGGCACAGAGUCAGCCACAGGCGUAAUCUCUCAGACACAGCAAACCCUUUUUUAAUAUGUUAAUGUGGGGCAGAGUAAAAAACUAAACAUGACAGUAAAUACUAAAGAAAAGCUAACUAACAAAAUACAGACGUUACAUUUUAACGCUCAGGGCUGAUGAACAGGAACAUAUAACACACACUCGGUGCUAAACAACCUGCAAACGUCUCCAUAAAUACCUUUAAUUGAUUGAUGUGUGCAGAAAACCACACGUAUAUAAAUAUUCUAACUAAUAAUAAGACAAAUAAAAUACAAAUAAAUAAAAAAAUUCUAAAUAAAACGUCAAAUGGCAGUGUUUCUUCUUGGGUUGGAUUUAUUACAUCAUUUAAUUACAUCAUUUUAUUAUCUAAUGUAUUAAUUAUAGAGGAAUUCAGUGAACCUUUGCUGUGUAUGAGCGUAAGGAACAGUACAAGACCAACAGGCACAUUCGUACACUGAUACGCCAAACGUCAUGGUAACGGAAAAAAAACCAUAUAUAUUGAGUCCCAUGACUUUUGGCACAUUGCAUGGAAGCUAAGGAAUUAUGAACUGAGCUCUGGAUGUGGAAUUUGAAUGAUUUCUGACAGAUUUGUUCAUCUUUUCAAUCUGUUCAUAUGGACAAUUCAAGCCAGAAGCUGCCGGUCACCAUCAUAUGUAUCGUAUAUAUGUAUAUAUACCAACCUCACUCACAAGAUAGCACCUCACAACUUACACAGGUGUGGGUGUUCCCAAGCUAAGCUAACGUCCCCUGAGGUACACGCUGUUUUACAUGUUACAGAUCCGACAUAAAUACCCUUUUAAUUGUCUUCUGAACACAGUUUUCUUGUUCUCUUUGCGAACCUGUAAUGCUAAUCAUUCAAAAAUUAGCAUUUUAGCUUUAGCAUCAUCUUACACUCACUGACAAAAAGUGCUACACAACCUGGAUUAGUGCAAAACUUGGCAUGCAGUCACGUCUCUCUUAUGGCUGAUAUAUAACUGAUUAUAGAUUAGGGGUGGGCGAUAUGGCUCUAAAAUAAUAUCACGAUAUUUCAGGGUAUUUUUGCGAUAGCGAUAUACUUGGCGAUAUAGGAAAACAGAAAAAUUUAAUAAUUUCAGGAAUACAGUAUAAUAGUAUAACAGAAUAAUCAUAAUGUGGCUAAAUAAAUAAUAGAGCAUAAAAUAAUAUAAUGCAGCAAAUAAUAUUGCAGAAUAUUUAGUGCAUGCAUAUAAACUGCAAACUAAAACAAUUAUACAAUAAAUACACUUAAAAGUAGUCCAUUAUUUAAUGUGAAGCUUUAAGACAAAACAGCCCUAUUAUCACGAUAUGGAUUUUUAAUAUCAUGAUAUUUCUGUGUCACGAUAUAUUGUAUACGAUAUAAUAUUGCCCACCCCUAUUAUAGAUGUGGCCUGAUCUACUGUACCUUUUAGUGAGGAAACAUUGAUUGUAGGGCUGCAAAAACGACUGUUUUAGAUGUCGACUAAUUUGGUGAUUAUUUUAUCAUCAGAUUUAUGCUACCUCCCAGUGAGCUCUUGAACCAAUGCAUGCUUUCCAGUAAAUUAACAGCUAAACUUUUAGGGCCAUAGACUUAUUUUGCGGUACCUUUUGAUAGUUUGAUGUACCCAUAUUAACCAAAAGAUUCUAGGAUACUUAUAUGUAAAUUAUAGCCCUAUCUGAAUGGGAUCAGGUUCUCAGGGGGUCCUGAGGUAGUUUUCUCUUUUAUGGGGGAUUCUCUAUGAUUUUAUUCCCGUCCAGAACGACCAUGUGCGUGUUUUUCUUAGACGUCCUCUGAGAUAAAAAAAAUUACAGGCUGAAUUAUCUACUGUUUUUCUCUGAAAUCUGUGCUCCUCUGGUAAUUUUAAUUAUAGUUUAGCUAUUAAUAGUUCAGCUAUUUGUCCACUGCCGCACACCGUAAUUACACUUUCACCACCGCAUGUUUCCAUGGAGAUCCAUGUAAACACAGCAGCGAGUAGAAAUGGAGGAGCUACUGAAUGCUAUGAUGUCAUGUGACCAAGAAAAAAGCCUAAAAACUCACUGGUCCUCCUGUUUUUUCAAUUCAAUUCCGGAUGCAGGAGUUUUAUCACUGUAGAGUAGAAGUGUGAAAUAUUUAUUUUUCACUUAUGUUCCCCUGAGAAACUAAUCCUGUCUGGAUAGGGAUAAAUACAGCCGUGUUCUGAUUAGACACUGGGUCUUUCCACAAAAAAGGCUUUCAGAUGCUGCUUUUGGGUAGUGUACCUCUUGGUGAGAGCUGCAACUAAUAUAUAUAUAUAUAUAUAUAUAUAUAUAUAAUAUCUUCAACAUUUUUGAAUAUGGUGAACAAUAUUAAUAUCGUACCAUACCAUAUCACCCAGCCCUAAUUAUCACAUCAGGUUACUCAUUUUUUGCCGUUUUUAGCAAAAGAAAAAUGAACACUGUUCUAAUUUCCCAUUAUAUAUCUAUUAGAGACAGAUUAUAUCUGUCCAGUAUCAUUUAUUUUACUUUAAUCCUGGAUAUAUGGAGAUAUUUGGAGUGCAUUAUUAUUAAUAUUAUUAGUAUAAUGACUUUCUGGAUCAUUGACUUCUGUUACAAAUGUGAUAAAAUUAUUUUAUUUUUUAAUAUCUCAGUUAGGGGUAUGUGCCAUAUCAUAUUGCUAUAUCAUAUGCAAUAAUUAUAAUAAGUUUUAUUUUAAUUUUGGUGCAGUAGUGCAUAAUUAAAAUUACUUUUUUAAUAUAAUAUUUUAAUGUUUAGUCAUAUCGCCAAGAAUCAUUAUCGUUAUCGCGAAAAUACCAUGAAAUAUCGUGAUAUUAUUUUAGGGCCAACUGUAGGACCAACCCUUCAACUUCUUCCAGACACGUGUGCUGCAUUUUUGUGUGUAGAGUGAAGAGCUACAGGAUCUACAGGCCCAGCUGUAGCAACAUCAUCUGUGGGUAAAUGUCCUGCAGGAUCCAAACAGAACCUGUAGAACCUCCUCCAAUCUCAUAUCAUCUUAUAUCCAGAAUAGAGGAACCAACAGCGUCUAAACUAGAGCCUCAUUUUUAUUGUAUUUCAACAGUUUAAGCCAAUAAACGUAUUAUUAAUCCUUUCA